AUGAGAGCGCACCACAAACACAACACCGGUCUAAACCCUCAUGGGCCAAUUGACAAACUAGUAUGUGAGGUACCAGCCGUAUGUCUCCCACUUAUUAACCAGUACCUGGAUGACGUCACAAAGGGAAAGCCUAAAGCAGCGCGCAAGAAGAUACACAAUGUUAUGAAGGCUGCCAAAAGAGAUAUGAUCUGUUAUUCGUGCAGUCGCUCGCUCCUAAUUCCGACAGACCGUAAGGAGUGCUCAGUUUGCGAUGUUAUUUCCUGUAAGAAGUGUUCCAAUAAAGAUCUGGUGGUGUACUGGCCGCGAGGCACAGACAAUACACGCGAGUCGACACAGCCACGCAUUGAAAUCAUGAGUAACGUCAAGGAUAUAUCGGGAAAAGCCGAUGUCUGGCGAAACUACCGACUCUGCGAUCUAUGUAAAAGUCACUUGGAUCACUCGUUGAACGAAUACACCUUCAGCCUUGACCUUCAAGCCCUAUACUCGAAAUUGACCUCUCUUCAGUCGCAGAUUACCACAAAACAUGACGAGGUGUCUUGUAACCCGUGGAACCGCCAGUGUUCAGUAGACCUCCUGGACAGUGACAUCAGAGAUUUCGAAGUAUUGGUGUCUUGUAACCCGUGGAACCGCCAGUGUUCAGUAGACCUCCUGGACAGUGACAUCAGAGAUUUCGAAGUAUUGCCACGAAACCGAUCUUAUUCCUCGGACUGUAUGUACGACAACAACUGUAAUGAAGUUCUAGAGGUUAAGGAUGGCGAGAUUUUGGACAAGCUACUGAAUCAGUAUUCCAAUUGUCACAUACAGCUGGCUAAUCUGAAACCUGAGACAAACAAACAGAGAACACUCGUGAAGAACAUCCUGUCAGCAGCGGAAAUGUUCUAUAUUGAGAAGAGACGUCAGUUCCGGGUUCUGACUGCGUCUCAAACGAGUGAAGAACAAGUCGCCAGCUAAUAAUAUCAAACGAAGUGUACUACAGGGGCGAACCGAAUUAACAGGGUGGGGUGGGGGUAGGAUAUUAAAUGUAUAUCGUUUCAUACCGUGUUUAACCACUAGUAACAAAAAGGAAUUGCAGAAGCGAAUCCAAUAGGGACCAUUGAACACACACACACACACACACACACACACACACACACACACACACACAC